UCCGCCGCCGCCGCCGCCGGGUCCGCCAUUUUCUGCGGCGCGCGGUGGAUUCUGGGAGAAUCCGCGGCUGCGUGCGGAGCCCGGGCCUCCUCGGCCGCCGCGCCCGCCCCGCCCCCCGUGACCCCCGUGACCCCGGGGUCGGAGGCCGCAGGCAGGUGCCCCUCCCCAUCCCUGGCCCCCGCUGACCUCUGACCCCCACAACAUGGCGUCCACUGACAUCACAAGGCCCCGUGGGGGGCGUGGCCGGCUUCCAGCCUGAGAGGCCCCGCCCCCACACAGGAAGUGGGUGGAGACCAGGUCGCCCGGCGGCCAUGAUGGAUCCGGAGCGGUGACGUCGCCUGGCCCCGCCCUAACUCAGCCUACGCUGUGAUUGACGGGUGGCCUGCCCCACCCCCCCCACGCCGCGGUGACGUCACAGGAAGUGGCAGGGCUGCGGCAGGAAGUGUUGCGCUGAGCCAGAAGCGGUCGGAACGGACAGGAAGUGACCUCACCCUAGGCCCGUGGUUGCCGUGACGAAACAGGAAGUGACCUCAGGAGGGACCGGAAGUGACCGGGUCACCCACGAACCCGCCCACCCGCGACAGGAAGUGACCGUGCAGUCGCAGGGAGCAGCCAGGGGGCGACCGGAAGUGACGUCGCCGUGACAGGAAGUGACGUCGCCGUGACAGGAAGUGGCUGCGUGACCGGAAGUGACGUCGCCGUGACCGGAAGUGGCUGCGUGACCGGAAGUGACGUCGCCGUGACCAGAUGUGACGUCGCCGUGACAGGAAGUGACAUCACCGUGACAGGAAGUCUCUGCCGGCCGCCAUGCCCGCCCCCGCCCCCGCCCUUUUGUGCCUCGCCCUCGCCCUGGCAUCCGCCCAGCCGUCCCCGCCGCCGCCGCCGCCGUUCCCCGUGGUGGCCACGAACUACGGGAAGCUGCGCGGGGUGCGGGCGGCGCUGCCGGGCGACGUGCUGGGCCCCGUGACGCAGUUCCUGGGCGUGCCCUACGCGGCCCCGCCCACCGGCGAGCGCCGCUUCCAGCCGCCCGAGCCGCCGUCCUCCUGGGCCGGCGUCCGCGACGCCACGCGGUUCGCGCCCGUCUGCCCGCAGCACCUGGACGAGCGCGCGCUGCUGCGCGACCGCCUCCCCGCCUGGUUCGCCGCCAACCUCGACGCCAUCGCCGCCUACGUCCAGGACCAGAGCGAGGACUGCCUGUACCUCAACCUCUACGUGCCCGGCGGAGCCAACGGUAAGAAAAUGGCCGACGAUGUCACCGGCAACGACCACGGUGACGACCAAGACUCCCGUGACCCCGGCGUGGGCGGCGCGGCGGCGGCGGCGGCGAGGAAGCCGGUCAUGGUUUACAUCCACGGCGGCUCCUACAUGGAGGGCACCGCGAACAUCGUGGACGGCAGCGUCCUCGCCAGCUACGGCGACGUCAUCGUCGUCACCGUCAACUACCGGCUCGGCGUGCUCGGCUUCCUGAGCACGGGCGACCAGGCCGCCAAGGGCAACUACGGGCUGCUGGACCAGAUCCAGGCGCUGCGCUGGGUGGAGGAGAACGCGGGCGCCUUCGGCGGGGACCCCGACCGCGUCACCGUCUUCGGCUCCGGCGCCGGCGCCUCCUGCGUCAGCCUCCUCACGCUGUCGCACUACUCGGAGGGCCUGUUCCAGAAGGCCAUCAUCCAGAGCGGGACGGCGCUGUCGAGCUGGGCGGUGAACUACCAGCCGGCCCGGUACGCGCGGGCGCUGGGCGAGCGCGUGGGCUGCGCGACCCCCGACCCGGGGUCGCCGCCGGGGUCGCCGCCGGGUUGGGACUCGGCGUCGCUGGUGUCCUGCCUGCGGGGCAAGGCGGCGGGCGAGCUGGCGCGGGCCCGCGUGACGCCCGCGACCUACCACGUGGCGUUCGGGCCGACGGUGGACGGCGACGUCAUCCCCGACGACCCCCAGAUCCUGAUGGAGCAGGGCGAGUUCCUCAACUACGACAUCAUGCUCGGCGUCAACCAGGGCGAGGGCGCGCGCUUCGUCGACGGCCUCGGCGGCGGCCACGACGGCGGCUACGGCGGAUACGGCGGCGGGUACGGCGGCGGCGUCGAGGACGACGAGGUCCAAGAUGGCGGCCCGGACGGCGCCGCGGGCGGCGUGUCGGCGGGCGAGUUCGACCUGGCGGUGUCCGGCUUCAUCAACGACCUCUACGGCCGCCCCGAGGGCCGCGGCGACGCCCUGCGCGAGACGGUGAAGUUCAUGUACACCGACUGGGCCGACCGCGACAGCCCCGAGGCGCGGCGCAAGACGCUCGUGGCGCUCUUCACCGACCACCAGUGGGUGGCGCCCGCCGUGGCCACCGCCGACCUCCACGCCCGCUACGGCUCCCCCACCUACUUCUACGCCUUCUACCACCGGUGCCACGGCGGCGGCGGCGGCGGGGGCGGCGUGGACGGGGUCGCCGGCGGGGUCGCGGGCGGGGUCGGCGGCGAGGAGGCCCGGCCCGCCUGGGCGGACGCGGCCCACGGCGACGAGGUGCCCUACGUGUUCGGCGUCCCCAUGGCCGGGCCCGGCGACGUCUUCGGCUGCAACUUCUCGCGCAACGACGUCAUGCUCAGCGCCGUCGUCAUGACCUACUGGACCAACUUCGCCAAGACGGGGGACCCGAACCAGCCGGUGGCGCAGGACACGCGCUUCGUCCACACCCGCCCCAACCGGUUCGAGGAGGUGGCCUGGGCCAAGUACGACCCCCGGGGUCAGCUGUACCUGCACAUCGGGCUCCGCCCCCGCGUGCGCGACCACUACCGCGCCGCCAAGGUGGCGUUCUGGCUGGAGCUGGUGCCGCACCUGCACGGCCUCGCCGCCGACCCGGGCGCCUACCUCAGCGCCGCCGCCACGCGGGCCGCGCCGUCCGGCGACCCCGACCGCGACCCCGGGGGAGGAGGCGGCGGCCGCCGUCGCCCGCGCCCCGCCACGCGGCGUCCCGCGGUGAUGACGUCGUCGUCGAUGGCGUCGGGCUCGGGGAUGACGUCGUCGUCCGGCUCGGGGAUGACGUCGUCGUCGGGGUCGUCGGCGUCCGCGGUGCUGAUCGAGACGCGGCGCGACUACUCGACGGAGCUGAGCGUGACGAUCGCGGUGGGGGCCUCGCUGCUCUUCCUCAACGUCCUCGCCUUCGCCGCGCUCUACUACAAGAAGGACAAGCGCCGGCACGAGACGCACCGCAGGCCGCCCCCGCCACGCCCCCCGCAGGCCCCGCCCUCCGCCGCCGCCGCCGACCGGAACCCGCGACCCGACCCCGGGCCGGCCGGCCGGCGUGGCGGGGAGUGCGGUGCAGUGGUCACCGCGAUGGCGGCGGAGGCGUCGGCGGGCGGCCUGGGCCACGACGGCGUCGGCGGGGUCGGGGUCGGCGGGGUCAUCGGCGGGGUCGCCGGCCUGCGCCUGGCCUGCCCGCCCGACUACGCGCUGACCCUGCGGCGCUCGCCCGACGACGUCCCCCGGGCCGGGGCCGGGCCGGGCGCCAUGACGCUCAUCCCCGGGGCGCUGGGUGGAGGCGGCGGCGGCGCCGUGCACGGGUUCAACACCUUUGGGAGCGGGGUCGGCGUCGCCGGGGUCGCCGGGGUCGCGACCUCGCAGGCCGGGCCGGGGCUGCCCCACGGACACUCGACCACCCGGGUAUAGCGUGGCGAGCGCGGGAGCUUGGCGGGGGCGGAGCGUGGACUCCUGUGAAGCCCCGCCCACCCGGCCCAAAAGCCCCGCCCCGCCCGGCGAGGCCCCGCCCACAGCCGCGGACAUGCAGGGGCCUUGGCUACGGCAGGCGAUGACGUCACCGCCCUGACCACGCCCCCUUCCCCGUCGCGGGACAUGAGGUCGACUGAGGGGGCGGAGUCAGGGCAGUGGGUGGGGUCCGGAUGGUAACGGGGAACCGGAUAGAACCGGAUGGGACCGCAUUGAUCCGGAGGGAACCGGAUGGAACUGGAUUGAGCCGGGUCAGCACGGGUUGGACUGGAUUGAACCGGAUUAAUCCGGAUGGAGCCGGUGAUGCCAGGCCUGAGCUGAGCAGCCUGGUGUGGGCGGAACCGGAUGAGACCGGAUAAAACCGGCCUGAACCCGCGCGCGCGACCAGCACCGAGCUGGUCGAUGUGGACCAAACCUGAAUGGACCGGAUUGGACCGGGCUACGCCGGCUGGAUCCGGAUCCGACUGGGCGGGACCGAGACCGGAUGGGACCGGAUGGAACCGGUUCAGACCGGGCUCGGCUGGAUCAGACUGGACGGAGGGGGUUGGCGCGGACCAAGGCAAGGGCGCCGGGUCGGACCUGACGCAGCCGGACAAGACCGGUUCGGACCAGGCGGAACCGGAUUGGGCUGUGUCCCUGUGGGCAGAACCGGAUUUUACUGGAUUUUACCGGAUGGGACAGGAAUGGACGAGAGCAGCGUGAACUGCAUGAAACCGCUUUAGACCGGAAUGAACCGGAAUGAACCGGAUCAAGUGGGAGACCGGAUGGCAUCCAGGGCACUGGACAGAUCCGGACUGAACUGGAACGGACCGGAUCGAUCCGGAUGGGACCGGAUGGAGCCGCGUCGCCUCGCACGGCCCCGGGCACGCGGACGGCGGACAUUUUACAUUUUAUCGUCAAUGACGCUCACGGCCGCGAGUGAGGUCAUCGGGGAGCGGUGGGGGAUGGAGGGGGGCGGAGUCUUAUUUUUUAUUAGAAUUCGGAUCGCGUCGUUUCCUCCCUGGCGCCCGACAGAGCCGGGUGCGCGGUUGCCGCCACGAUUCUAUCUUUCCUCAUUUUUAAUUUUAUUUCUAUUUAUUUUUGGUUAUAUUUUUAAUUUUUUAUUAUACUUUUUAUUUAUUGUGUAUCUUUAUUUUUAAAUUAUUUUUAGCGCCGCGUCGGCGCACCGACGUUUCCGGAUUUUUUUUUUUUUUUAAUCACCCAAAUUUGAAACUUAAUUUUUUUUAAUUUUUUUUUUUAAUUUUUUUUUCGGCCUAAAAUAAUUUUUUUUUUCACGUAGAAAAAGGAAAACCUUGGAAUUCCGGGGAAAAUUUUAAUUUUCAGCGUCCUUGAGAAAGACGCUUCGCAUCCUCACAGGUUUCAAUGUUAGGCAAAUUUUAUGUAAAUCGUAUUUAAAUUUUAUGUAAAUUUUUACUUUCCCCUUUUUUUUUGCAAUUUUUAUUUUAUUUUAUUUUUUCAGUUUUCGGGCAACGACGGAGAAAAUGGGCGGGAAAAAAUCAGAAAAUUAAAAUAAUUUAAAUA